AGAGAGAGAGAGAGAGAGAGAGAGAGAGAGAGAGCAGCCUUGGGAGUAAAACCUGAACCUAUAUUUUUUCAUAUGGAGACGCUAAAAAUCAUUUUUCCCUAAUUUUCCGAAAUAAAAAGCGAAACAGCAACUAAAGAACACGAAAAGGAAACGAAAGAUGAACAUGAAUAAGAAUUAUCAGUAUGGUAAACAUGGAAUUUACACACAUUGAAAUGCAACAGACGUCUGAACACUAGUUCCCGACCAUCAUUGUAACAUACCUAAUAUCAGAGGUUGUAGUGAAGCUAACGACGACAACAGUAUAAUGUGACACUGAAAGCUAAUUAAGUGACAAGUUUUGUAAAUAAAUUUCACAAACUGUUGGAUAUAAAGCAAAUUCUUUAUUCAAACGCAUAAAUUUCGAAGAAACGAAAAUCUGAAAAUAGGAAAAAUGCCCUACCUAAACAAAAGAAGCAGCACACGGUGCGGUCCGACUGGACGAGGUGGUGUUCUAAUUCCACUUGAACCACUGAAGGAGGGACAUCGAAUUGAUCCGCAAGAACGAUUCUUCCUAGAAGCUGCAGAAAAGGGAGACAAGCAUACAAUGAUACGAUGUUUGCAAGGCCCGAACCCAGUAAAUGUUAAUUGUACUAACAUGUUAGGUCGAUCUGCCAUACAAAUAGCUGUGGACAAUGAAAACACAGAAAUAGUAGAACUCUUACUCAAACAGGAGGGUGUCAAAAUUGGAGAUGCAGUACUCUACGCCAUCCGUGAAGGUGUGUAUAAGAUAGUUGAAAUGUUGAUUGACCAUCCGAGUGUUACCAGGGGUAUGCUGGGAUCGGAUUGGUCUAAAACGAAACACGGAAACGAAGAGAGUUCAGAUUAUUCUCCGGAUAUUUCUCCAGUUAUUUUAGCCGCUCAUUGUAACCAAUUUGAAAUUCUUCAGUUAUUACUUCUUCGCGGUGCCACCAUUGAAAGACCACACGAACUGUCUUGUUCUUGUAAGAAAUGCCAGGAACAGGUUCACGAAGACAGUCUCCGACAUUCUUUGCUGAGAAUUCACACUUAUAAAGCGUUAGCUAGUCCUGCGUGGAUAUCUUUGACAAGUCUCGAUCCCAUUUUAAGCGCUUUUAAGCUAUCGUGGGAUCUUGCCAAAAAAGGAUUAAAAGAAAAUGAAUUCAAGGAUUUAUAUUUCGAUUUAGCAAUGCAAUGCAAACGAUUCGCGUGCGAUCUAUUGGACCAAUGUCGGAGCAGUGAAGAGGUAAUUGCUGUAUUAAAUAAAGAGACAUCUUCAGAUGAGGAGGAUGAGCCGAGUUCGAGUGGAGAGAAACUUACUUUGGCACGAUUGAAAUUAGCCCUCAAAUAUGAACAGAAACAGUUUGUAGCCCACCCACACUGCCAGCAACUUUUAACUUCAAUAUGGUACGAAGGUCUUCCAGGAUGGAGAAAAAGGAAUGGUUUCACAAAAUUACUGAUGUGCAUCGGCCUCAUACUGCUGUUACCAUUUAUGGCAGUUUACUAUUGGAUUUUUCCACGGAGUAAAAUUGGACAAAUUCUCCGUAGUCCUUUCAUGAAAUUUUUAUAUCACAGUGCAUCAUUUGGUGCAUUUCUGUCGCUAUUAGUUUGUGCAUCAACAGACAUUAGCAGCAAACCUGGCCGAGAAAGAUUGCGAAGUCCUCCGCCAUCAGUUUUGGAAUGGCUAAUUGUUUUUUGGGUCACAGGUUUCAUAUGGGCUGAAUGCAAACAACUGUGGGAAGAAGGGCUAAAAGCAUAUGUACGCCAAUGGUGGAAUUGGCUUGAUUUUAUUAUGUUAUCACUUUACCUGGCUACAUUCUCGUUACGAAUCGUAGCUUACAUUCAAGUAGAAUCAGGGAAAUAUGGACCCGAUAACAUGCAAAGGAAAAACUGGCCAGUCAAUGACCCAACUCUUAUAUCUGAAGGACUUUUUGCAGUUGCAAAUGUUUUUAGUUUUGCUCGAAUUAUAUUUUUGUUUCAAGCGAAUCAACACCUCGGGCCGUUACAAAUAUCAUUAGGUUGCAUGUUGAUAGAUAUUGCAAAGUUUUUAUUUAUAUUCUUCUUGGUUUUAACGUCAUUUGCGUGUGGUCUAAAUCAGCUAUAUUGGUACUACAACCCAAGCAAUAACCCAGGAAAUCGAGCAUUUUCAACGCUUGGGGCUAGUUAUGGAACUCUGUUCUGGUCGUUGUUUAGCUUAACUCAGCUAAAAGAUAUCAAGAUUGAAGAUGGACCGAAAUUUACAGAAUUAAUGGGCGAAAUCUUGUUCAUGGCAUACCAUGCCAUGGCUAUCAUUGUUUUAAUCAAUAUGUUAAUUGCUAUGAUGUCAAAUUCAUAUCAAGAAAUUGAGAAUCAUGCUGAUAUGGAGUGGAAGUUUGCCCGAUCCAAACUUUGGAUGGGUUAUUUUGAUGAAGGUUCAACAUUGCCACCUCCAUUCAACCUAAUAAUAAGUCCUAAAUCUGUAUAUUAUUUUCUACGCAUCAUUAAACAACUUAUUUGUCGAUGCGUAACACACAACAAGCAUCGUAAACCAAGAAGAAAAUCUGUUGAAGGCACUAUCAAGGAUGUGAUGCGACGUUUGGUCAGUCGGUACAUUCACCAGACCAAAAAGCAAUUACGUCAAGAUGGUGUCAAUGAAGAUGAUUUGUUGGAGAUAAAACAAGACAUAUCCAGUUUAAGGUAUGAACUACGAGAAGACCGCAAAAGAGAAGCUGCUCGCGCAAGUGGACACAUUGACAGUUUAAAAAGAGACAUAAUCCAUUCACUGCGUGGCUCUUCCCCAAAUUCAAGUCCUUUACGUAGUUCAAGCAUUGACAAAGGGCAACAGCUUCAGCAAUAUCAUGUACCGCAAACUCAACAGCAGCAAACGCAUGCACAGCAACAACAACAGCAAUCACAGCAACAGCAGCAACAAUCAAGCUCGUUGUCACUGUUGACUCAACAGGACUUGGAGAGUUUGAAACGGGGAAUUGUAAGCAGCAUUAAAAAUGAAAUGCGUGAGGUGAUAGCAGAAGCGAUUCAGCAAUCCACCGCCAACCUCAAUAACAACACCCCACCCUUGGUUCUACCCUCGAUAAACUCAGAAUUAUACCACACACACUUAUACACACAAUUAUGAUUAGGGAUAAGGAUUAAGAAUAAUAAAAGUUUGUUUUUUUUGGGGGGGGGGUUUCCCUUUAACAAGAAAAAAGGCAUAAAAUUUUUACAGUCUUUGAUUUAGUAUGUUCUUGUAUUGUUUUCCAAUAUUAAUUUAAUUUUUUUUUUAUAUAUAUAUUUUGGUGAGAUAGGAGUCAAAGACAUGUCAAUAAACUAAUAAGCGGAUCCCAAAAUAUUGGGUGUCAUUCUCAGGUUAAGGAUAUUUAGAAAAAAUUGCUCACUUAAUAUCGCUUUAUCUUUUUAUUCAUAAAUUUAAUUUUCCACAUUUACAAGGACAACACACACAUAUCUUCACACACUCUCACACACAUAUGCUCAUGUACACACACACACACACACACACACACACACACACACACACACACACACACACACACACACACACACACACACACACACAUACAUACAUACAUACGCACACACAUACACAUAUCUUAAGUAUGUGCACAUAUCUUUAACAUAGAAUAGAAACACAUUUACACAGAAAUUUGAAACGCAAAAGGUAAUAUCUUCUUUCUAACUAAAUUUUCAAUUUUAUAUUUCAUAUAUUCUGCAGUUUACAUUUCCCUUUACAAAAACUAUCCAACAGUCCAAAGUAAGAUUUUUAAUUUUCAGUUUUUUUUUAAAGGGGUUUUAUUUGCGGGUGGGGGCCGUAGGAGGGUGACGAGUAGGGUUUCUAAUGCAAAUUAAAAUAAAUUAAAUCACAUUUUCAUUGAUCAUAAUGAAUAACAACUAAAAUAACACUUUGGGAAGUAAUAUAUCCUAAUGAAACGGGACAAUUAAUGGAACAAAAACAAAAAAAUUCAUAAUAUUUUGAUAAUCUUAAUACCAUCCAAAUCAAAAUUAUUUGUCUUGGUUUCAAAGAUACAAAAAAUAUUAAGAAAUUUCUAUGCACACACACACACGCACAUGCAUACACACACACACAUAUACACACACAUACAUACAUACAUGCGCAUGCACACACACAUGCACAUACAUAAACACACACAUGCACACAUACAUACACACACAUGCGGGCAUGCACACACACAAACACAUACAUAAAUACAUGCACACAUACAUACACACAUGCGCAUGCACACACACAUGCACAUACACAUAUAUACACUCAUGCACACAUACAUGCAUACAUGCAUACAUAAACACACGCAUGCACACACAUAUACACACAUAUAUA